GGUUAUGUGCAGAAGAAGAAGAACAAGUCUCACUCACUCUCUGGGAAUAACACAGUGAGAUUCAUACCGUUACAACCAACUCCCUUUUCAGAAGCUGCUGUGGGGUAGUUGUCUCUGGUUUGGUAAAAGGAACCAACGACCUCUUUUCAUGUAUAUACAACAUAGCUGUUUCCAUCUCUCAAAGUCUUUAUCUCUGUGCAAGGGUGGAUUAAGGAUUUGGUGUCUUGCGUUUUUGGUUUAUUUUGUACUCAGUUGUAGUAUUCUCUCAAUUUUGGGGUGGUGAUGAAGUUUCUAAGCGUUAUGGGGAACUCUUUCGGAUGCUCAGCAUCAGGGGAGCGGUUGGUUUCAGCUGCAAGAGAUGGAGAUCUUCAAGAGGCCAAGGCCCUGUUGGAAUGUAAUCCUCGUCUAGCGAGGUACUCCACUUUUGGUGUUCGUAAUUCACCACUCCAUUAUUCUGCAGCUCAGGGCCACCAUGAGAUAGUUACGCUCUUGCUUGAGUCUGGAGUUGAUAUUAAUCUCAGGAAUUAUCGUGGUCAGACUGCUUUGAUGCAAGCUUGCCAACAUGGUCAUUGGGAGGUUGUUCUGACCUUGAUUCUGUUUAAAGCCACUAUUCACAGAGCAGAUUAUCUGAAUGGGGGUACUGCACUCCACUUGGCUGCUUUAAAUGGUCAUACUCGGUGCAUCAGAAUCCUCCUUGCUGAUUACAUUCCCAGCAUUCCGGAUUUUUGGAGCAUGUUAAGGAAUGCAUUAGAGAAAGAAGAGCCAAUUACAGAGUUUGAUCAUGAUGUUUUGGGUCAGAUAAUUAAUAGGCCUGCUGAUGGAGGAAUCACUGCUCUGCAUAUGGCAGCACUAAAUGGUCAUCUUGAAACUGUACAACUACUUUUGGAUUUGGGGGCUUCUAUAUGUGCAGUUACUGUGGAAGAUGGAGCUACAAUUGAUUUAAUAGGGGCUGGAAGCACAGCCCUACAUUAUGCUGCAUGCGGAGGAAAUACCCAGUGUUGUCAAAUUCUGAUUUCCAGAGGUGCCAAUCUGAAAGCUGAAAAUGCAAACGGAUGGACGCCCUUGAUGGUGGCUCGUUCAUGGCAUAGAGAUUGGCUUGAGGAAGUCCUUAGUUCAGAGCAAGAAGGCCAGCAGUCACAGAUACUUCAAAGUCUUCCUUCACCAUACCUAUCCCUUCCUGUUAUGAGCAUUGUGAAGAUUGCUAGAGAAUGUGGAUGGAGGAACAACGAUUCUUUACAUGCAUGCGAAGAUCCAUGCGUUGUCUGUUUGGAAAGACAGUGCACCGUGGCUGCAGAAGGUUGUGAUCAUGAGUUCUGCACAAGUUGUGCCUUGUAUCUUUGUUCUACAAACUGCAGCACGACUGCAGCUCGUGGUCCCUUGGGAUCAAUCGCAUGUCCUCUAUGCCGGAAUGGCAUAGUUUCAUUUGUGAAGCUUCUAAAAGUAAGACCAAUGGGGAAGGGUCCGGCAAAAACUAGUUUAUCCCUAUCAUUUUGCAGCUGUUCUAUCGAGGAACCAGAGACAACCUCCUCAAUAACCACCCCAUUAUGCAAGCCCAGUUUUCGUUCCUCUCGAAAAUCUUCGCUGGGAUAUUUCCGGUCCCAAAGCUUCCAGAAGUUCACAUCGAUCAAAGUCGCCCACAGCCUCUGCAUGGGAGGAGGAGGGGUUUCAAACAUUACUACUUGUUUGAUUCCCUGCUCUGCUCGUAGCUGUUCGAGAUCAGGCUUCAGAAGAACAACUUCUCAGCCUGAGGGUAGAAGGUCAUGGCUUUGUGCACUCAAUCAACAAGCAAUGACUAGCAGCGGAGGUUGAAUAACAUUGUUUUAAUUCUUCUUUUCUUUGAAUUUUUUUUAUCUCGAGUUUUAAGUGAUUUUCCAUCUCAUUGUUGUCUAUAGUGUGACUGAAAAUCAUUUGCUACUGGGCUGAUAAUUGGAAGGGCUGUAAAUAUACAUUCAUUGAAAAGAAAUCUGUACCAAGAAAAAUGAAAAAGAAAAAGAAAAAUCUCAAGUGA